AUGGCACAUUUCUGGAAUUUGGUAUUGAGUGGCACUUUAUAUGAGGUUAUAACAGACUAUCAAAAAAGCAGCCGGCGGAGAUGGUAUAAUAGGCAGGCUCAACUGCAACAAAUGGCUAUCUUCCAUAUUUUAUAUCAAGCAGAUGUCUCAGACUCCCGGUUCAUAGAUAAAGCAGCUGAAAUGGUUGCCAACAGAAGCUGCUCGUCGGAAAUAAAUGCUCAAUGA